AUGAAAGCUAUCUUAUCUGUGCAAUUUGCCCUGCCAGCAGCCGUGCAGCCUGCGAUGGAGGGCCUAUCCAACUCGUCACACUUUGUCCGGCUUGCCUUAGCGUUUUGCAUCGUCGCUCUCGUUCUUUGGAAACUGGUUGUCCGACGUCGGUAUCUCGCAAACGUUCCUGGGCCUCAAGACUCCCAUCCUUUGCUCGGUCACCUCCCUCUGCGCCUUCGCUCACCGGCCGCCCAGGGCGAUCUUGACCUGGUCAACCGAUAUGGCAACAUCGUGAAGUUCGAUGGAGCAUUCGGUGUACGUCCUACACCCACCUCCAAUCGAGUCCCUUCCACCUAUCUUUACGCGGCAAAACAGGAACGACGCCUCCUCAUCACCGAUCCCAAAGCGCUGCACCACAUCAUGCAGGCCUCUGGGUACACCUAUAUACGCUCAGAGGAUAGGAAAGAGCCCACGCGGACGCUGUUGGGAAAGGGUGUCCUGGUGGUCGAAGGCGAGUCCAGAGACGACCACAGGCGGCAGCGCAAGAUCCUGAUGCCCAGUUUCGGCAGCAUCGAAGCGCACAGCUAUGUGCCCUCAUUCGCGUCGAAGGCGGCCCAGAUGGCCGAAAAAUGGAUUGAUAUGAUGCCAAACGACGGUGGGAUGGUGGUCAAUAUCCCGUCCUGGGUAUCUUGGGCGACUCUGGCCCGCUUUGCCCCCACCGAUCUCGAAGUCCUCGCAGUCGAAGCCCUUGCGCUCAUCCCACGCCCGCUCAAGCGCUGGUGGAACGACCACGUGCCGAACAAGCGGCGCGCUUACAUGAAGCGGUGCCGUGAAGUCGCCGAGGGGGUGGCGAGGGAGCUAGUGCAGCGCCAGCGGCCGGCGGUGAGCGCCGGCGAGGGUGUACAGAGGAACGUCCUGAGCCGGUUGGUCGCCGCCAACGCAGCCGCCGACCCGAAGGCACGCCUGACGGAAGAUGAGGUCUAUGCACAGUUACUAACGAUCUUGCUCGCCGGCCACGAGACCACCGCCACUUCACUCUCGUGGGCCCUGCUCGAGCUCGCGCAGGCACCCCCCAUUCAGGACCGCCUGCGCGCCGAGAUCAGAAGAGUGCGCGGUGAGAACGGUAGUAAGCCUCGUCUGGAAGCGGAGGACAUUCGUGCGAUGCCCUUUUUGAACGCGGUGGUUCAGGAAGUCCUCCGAUUCCAUAACUCCGUGAUCGACACGGCGCGCACCGCGACGCAGGACGAUGUGAUCCCUUUGUCAGACCCUCUACUUGAUCGCAAGGGAAGACCGAUCUACGAAGUCGCCGUGCGCAAGGGGCAGUAUAUUUUGGUGUCUAUCGCGGCGUAUCAGAGAAACAAGGAUCUAUACGGCCCAGAUGCGGAUCGCUUCAAUCCCGAGCGAUGGCUCAAGGAGGGGUACGUCAACCAGAAGGCGGGCGGCGGCAUAUACAGCAAUCUGUUGACCUUCGGCGGCGGCCAUCGCGCAUGCCCGGGCUGGCGCUUCGCCGUGCUCGAGCUGUCAGCCUUCCUCGUCGAGCUCGUCGGCAGGUUCGAGUUUAGCAUCUCGCCGGACGUCGCUGCACGGAUCUAUCGUGGCGCCGCGGGCACCGUCAUGAUACCCAUGCUCGAGGACGAGCUGGAAAGGGGGGUGCAGCUUCUGUUGCAUGUGAAGCCCGCUUCAGAGGAGUAG